UUGGAUUCAGUUGAAGUGGAUUUUAAGUUUUUUGUUGCAAGCUGCAAAUGUACUUGCGGCUUAACUAAUUAUAUUUGAUGGUGCUUUAGUAUCGCAUCUAUGAUUUGGUUGGUACCUUUGCAGGUUUCGGAGCUAACAGUUUCUCCUGAAAUAGUGCGAUCUUAUGAAAAGCGACGGAAACUUCGCACCCUUCGGGCUGCUUCUUAAAAAUACAGACGUUUUGAUUUGGAUUUUGGUCUUAGCCUUACUACCAUUAUUUGGCCGAUGCCGCGGUAUAUCCGAUCUGCCACCACCAAACGUUGCUGAAUAAUUUGAUCUCCGAUAGACGAAAUAUUUGUUAUCCAACAGAUAUAUAUAUUUGCUUUGAAAAUGACCUGGGUGAACAUACCUUUCUCUGUGCCAUGGUUUUGUUGGGCCGUAGCACAGCUUAUGACUUGUGUGCGGACAAAUGAAUACGGAAAUGGAAAUCCCGUGAUUUGUGGAGGUUUUGUACAGUCUGAUUUUCCGAUGGAUUACAGUAAAAUUGAGGUUCGGCUGCUCGACAAAGCGGGUAAUCUGAAGUACCAGGCGCCUUGUGCUGUCAAUAAUGGGAACUAUGAAGUGCCCGUUUUUGGGAAAAAAGGCGAAUUUAUCCUUGCAGUCGCUGGACCGGAAGGACUGUCGUUCGAGCCGUCAAGAAUUCCAGUAAAUAUUGACGGGACGACAGAUCCUUGCUCUAUGCAGCAGAAUUUGAAUUUCCGUUUCAUUGGGUACUCCUUGGUUGGUAAAGUCAACAGCAUCAGCAGUGCUGAUGGGCCCGCUGGUGUUACAAUCUCGGUUUUGGAUCAGACGGGCAAAGCAGUGUCUACCACGACAACGCAGAGUGGUGGAGAUUUUGCCUUACCUAACCUUCUGCCGGGAACAUAUACCAUCAGAGCAAGUCAUCCGGUUUUCAGGCUGCAUAAAUCGGAAUCGACUGCCACGUUGAAAGAUUCCACGCUUCAACUGCCACAGAAUUCACUUGUUGUGCGUGGCUAUCCUGUGAAAGGGUCGGUUAAGAGCAGUGGGGAACCGGUUGCCGGUGUGAAAUUUUUGCUCUAUUCAAAAACCAUCGACGCUAAGGGUAUUGACGGGUGUGACAAAGAAAUGGCCAGCGACUUGGCAAAAGAUCAUCCCCAGUAUGGUCGCCAGCUUUGUGGAGUGAAGUCUGAUAAACUCGGAGAAUUCAUAUUUGCGUCCCUGGUUCCCGGCAUUUAUAGUAUUUUGCCUACGUAUAAAGGCGGCGAUACGAAAUAUGACAUAGAACCGUCUCAUAUGGAAGUGCAACUAGGUCAGGAUUUGUUUACCAUCAGCAAUACCUUUGAGAUUAAAGGCUUUACCGCCACUGGAAGUGUGUUUACGUCAUCAAAGGGAUCGGGUGUUCCCAGCGCCGAAAUCUAUUUAAACGGCACUCUCGCUGCCAAAACCGACACGAAGGGAAUUUACCGCUUGGAAAAGACAGUUACCGGAUGGUAUAAAAUUGAAGUUAAGAAGAGCCAUUAUGAUUUUCCGACAUCCUAUGUGAAAAUUACCCCGACUGAACCGAAAGUACCCAUGAUUGUAGCCCGCGGAAUGAGUGUGUGCGGGGAAAUUAAAACCCUGCGUCCAGUUAAUCGUAUACUCACAUUCGAAGCGGUAGAGGCAAAAACCGGGAUCUCACGGGACACUGUCAUUCGCGAUGAUCAUUUUUGUACAACAUUGGAAGCCGGCGAAUACAAAUUGUCGAUUUUCGAUGCACCUCAGGAUAAAAGCCAAAGACUGAUGUUUUCUCCAGCAGAAAAGAUCAUCAAAUUAACGGACUAUCCCAUAACUGAUUUGCUGUUUUCGCAAGUUUUGGGCAGUGUUUCAGGAACGGUGCAUUGCUUGAGCACUUGUCCGAGUGAUUUGAAAGUGGCAUUGCUGGCUAGCAAUGGAGAAGUGUUUUCACUAAUUGAUAACGAUGGAAAAUUUAAAUUUAAUAAUGUGGACUUGGGAACGCAUUUGGUGAAAGUGGUCGAGCCGUCCAAACGCUAUUGUUGGGAUUUAAUUCAGAAGACAAUUGAACUUACAGUCGGCAAGCCGUCAGCUAUUGUCGGUUUUAGACAAACUGGAUUUCUGUUUGAGAUCUGGAGCAGCCAUCCUACGGCCAUUGCAUACUCUGUAAAAGGAAAGCAGGCGCGAAAAGAAGAUAACCUUAAGGCCGGGUUUACUGAGCUGUGCUUACCAGAUGCAGGGGAAUAUGACAUCGAGCCAAAGUCGUGCCACAAAUUUGAACACGACACAUACACUUUCAACACAGAUUCUCCGGUGCGUUUGAGUUUGCACGCGACUGGGCAUCUGACUAACAUCUCCGUGAACACCGACGACGAUAAAGGUCUCUUUAAGUUGCGCGUUAAACGAACAUCCGAUGGGUCAUCUUCGAUUUUCACUCCUUCCGCUCCACCAAAGCUGAUUAGUCCAGAGACGUUUCAGUAUAGCUUUUUGGAGUACUUUCCUGCUGAAGAAAACCUUGUUUUGUUUCCGUCAUCGGAAACGUUGUUAUUUAAACCGAACCAAAUGGAGCUGGCCGUCACAGAUCAAUGUGACAAAAACGUCAUUGUACUUAACGGAAACAAAGGCGUUAUUAUCACCGGUGGUACACUGCCUCCUGUUCCGGAUGUCGACAUCACUAUCACAACGGAAAACGAUGUCUUGCGUGGUAAAACAGACGAAAGUGGACGAUACAGUCUUGGACCGGUGCCGCGAACAGCUAUAAAGAGCAUUGCAGCAGAAAAGCGUGGCUACGAAUUCGAAUGGAAUUCCAGCAGCCAUGAUCUCAAAGCGAUCAAACUUUCUGAAAUCCGAGUGCAUACUAACGAUGCCGAAGGAAAGCCGGUUGCUGGCGUUCUGGUUUCAAUUAGCAAUUCGGCCGGAUCACGGUUUAACAACUUCACCGACCAGACGGGCGUUGUCUCCUUUAUUAACAUUGGAUUAGGAGAUUAUCUUAUUCGUCCGAUGGUGAAAGAGUUCCGAUUCGAUCCAGCCUCGAAAUCUGUAACAUUGACGGAAGGCCAAACGGCUUCCGUGGAAUGGCGCGGCAUACGGGUAGCCUAUAGCGCAUUUGGAAUUGUUACGUCGUUGGGUGGUGAGCCUGAGCAAGGGAUCACGAUGGAAGCCGUCAGUCGUGAGCCCUGUCUGCAGAUGCAGGAAGAAGCAAUAACCGGAAGCACUGGUCAUUUCAGAAUUUCCGGCCUGAAGGCUGGAUGCGGUUAUGAAGUCAGACCAAAGGAGGGAGAGCUGGAGCGCUUGGAUAUAAAAUGGACCGCUCCAGCCAACAGAGUAGUCCAAAUGGGAACGGAUGAUACGCACGGAUUAACAUUUCGAACGCUUAGAGGGUUCAACGAGGCUGAAUUUACGGGCAGACUAGAUGCCACGAAAGAGUUUUUGAAUCAGCUUAAGGUCUGCCUUUACCGAGCGGAUCGACCGGAUGAAUCUGUUCAGUGUGUGUCAUUUUCCAUUAGUCCACUAUUCCAGUUCAGUCCAGUUCCUCUGGAUAACCGUAACUAUAUAAUCCGAGUUGAAUCCAGUCUUUCCCAAAAGGACUACGUUUUCACGAGCCCCGAUCUCCAUGUGACAGCUAAUUCGACAUUCCGUCAUUUUGUGCUCUCGUUUACGGCCAGGCGACGCCUUUCCGAACCAGAAAUUACGCCGGCGACGAUGUGGAUCGUUCCGCUUGUCAUCGUAUGCACGAUUGCGUAUUUCAAUCGCAGCAAUAUAUUGCCCACCUUCCAUAAAGUGGUCAGCAUAAUCACCAAAACCGCGGUAAAGUCCACAGCCGGAAAAGACAGGAAAAAACCUCAGCGAUCCACAUCUCCACUGCCACAAGGAGCAGGAGACGGAUCUUUCGAAGAUUAUUUAGCUGGUGGACCGAUCGGUGUUAAAAAGCGAACCAAAGCUGCUAAGUCGUGAUAAUUAUAUAGUUUAUUUUAUCUUGUUUGUUGUUUUUGAUUUUUACCCCGAUUUUACUGUACACGUAACAAAAAAAAACCAGAAAAAUAUCACAGAUGCAUAUCACGCUCUAAU